GGAGGGGGGGGGGGGGGUGUUUCCUCCGAGCGGCCAUAUUGGAAGCAGCAGCGAGUCUGCGCGCUCCGUGAGGAGAGCAGAGCCCCGCUGAUCGCUCCUCCAUCCCGCACACGGACCCUUCGCACCAUGGCGGCCGACGAUGGAGACGUCUUCGCGCAUGAAGAAAAGCGAACCCUGGAGCUCGGAGGUCAUGUGGGGUUUGACAGUCUUCCGGACCAGUUGGUCAGUAAAUCAGUUGCACAGGGAUUCUGCUUCAACAUCCUCUGCGUUGGUGAGACCGGGAUCGGCAAGUCAACAUUAAUGAACACUCUUUUCAAUACGACGUUUGAAAAUGAGGAAGCCAGCCACUAUCAGAGGGAGGUGCAGCUACGCCCACAGACCUAUGAUCUUCAGGAGAGCAAUGUCAACCUCAAGCUGACCAUUGUGCACACUGUGGGCUUUGGAGACCAGAUCAACAAAGCAGAGAGCCAUAAGCCCAUUCUUGAGUACAUCGAUUCCCAGUUCGAGAGGUAUCUAGAGGAGGAGCUAAAAAUAAAACGCUCCUUAUUUAACUGCCAUGACACAAGAAUCCACAUCUGCCUGUAUUUCAUCGCUCCCACCGGACACUCCCUGAAGUCCCUCGAUCUCGUCACGAUGAAGAAACUGGACAGCAAGGUGAACAUCAUCCCAGUUAUUGCAAAGGCUGACACGGUUUCCAAGAGCGAACUGGACAAGUUGAAGAUCAAGAUAAUGAGCGAGCUGGUCAGUAAUGGAGUACAGAUCUACCAGUUCCCCACAGAGGAUGAAGCGGUCGCCGAGAUAAACACUUCCAUGAACACUCAUCUUCCCUUUGCUGUGGUGGGGAGUUUGGAGGAGGUUAAAGUGGGAAAUAAGAUGGUGAAAGCAAGGCUGUACCCCUGGGGAUCAGUACAGGUGGAGAACGAAAAUCAUUGUGACUUUGUGAAGCUGCGGGAGAUGCUAGUGCGUGUGAACAUGGAGGAUCUCCGGGAGCAAACGCACGCUCGGCACUAUGAGCUCUAUCGUCGCUGCAAGCUAGAAGAGAUGGGCUUCAAGGACACGGACCCGGACAGCCAGUCCUUCAGCCUCCAGGACACAUACGAAGCCAAGAGGAAGGAGUUCCUCGUCGAUCUGCAGCACAAAGAGGAAGAAAUGAGACAAAUGUUUGUCAGCAAAGUGAAGGAGACGGAAGCUGAGCUGAAAGAAAAGGAAAAAGAGCUUCAUGAGAGGUUUGAGCAGCUCAAGCGGAUGCACCAGGAAGAAAAGAAGAAUCUGGAGGAGAAGAGACGAGAACUGGAGGAGGAAAUGAACGCCUUCAACAGAAGAAAGGUUGCAGCUGAGACGCUGAUGGGACAGGCUCUUCAAGGCUGCUCACAAACACCGUUCAAGAAGGACAAGGACAAGAAGAAUUGAUUUAUGGAUCAAACACCCAGGGAACCAGGAAUGUGUCUGCCAUCACAUUGGAAGAGAGAGAGAGAGAGAGAGUUGUGACUAAGUAAUGUCAUCUUUGACAUUACUUAGUCACACUGUAUGUGUGAACCAUUCAAAGUUACUCAUAUGUCAGCCUGAAAUAUGUGAUGGCUUUAAGCCACGUUCUCUACUUUGUGUAUUUAGUUUGUCCCUCACGCUGCUGCUGGAGACACAGUCCAUGGACUGUUUUCAUAACCAGUAGCUGGUGUUGUUUGAUGUCCUCGCCAUGAAUGUGUGUUCAUGUCCUGUUAUAGAGACUUUUAGGUACACACUGAUUUGAAGAGAUGAAGAUAACUUAUAUUAUGCUUUACAUGUGCAGUCAUUUUUCAGUUAUAUGGUCUCCAGUAGGGUUUUUAGCUCUGAUUUUCUACUAAUGAACAUAUAGUUAUUGAUACUUUUUCAAAUGUAUUUUAUUCUUAGUUUGAGAUAGUAAACAGUGGUAAGAUGAUUGAAUUGUCUAACACCACUUUUUACAAAGUUAUAAUUAAUGUUUACAGAGUCUAAAAAUGAGCAUAUAUGUUACCAUUAUUUAUAUUGAAAUAAAUCAUGUCCAUGGGAAACCAAACACAGCAUCAGUUCACGAGUUUGUCAGCUGAACCGUUCAUCUUAACCUGCCCCCAUCACGUCAGCCAUGUUUAUUGUAGGCAGCAUUUCAUAUUUCACAAGUACUUGUCAUGAGGUACCAAAAUUUGGUUGUGUUUCAAGAACAGCGCCUCCAUUUCCAUCAUGUUUCGAUGGUAAUUUGCCUUUCCUCAAUGCAAGCUAACAGGACAAAUAACAACAUGUUUAUCAAGACAGAUGACCAUUUCCACUAAACUUUAUUAUUUCUAAUCUUGUCUAAUGCCUUUUAAUAAAUACAGCUGUUUGUUUGGAUAUAUAACAUGGUUUUUCUUUCCUUUUCAUAGCUUCUUUAGUCUUCCAUCUGCGUGCUCCUUAACCUCAGGAAGGAAUAUGAAUUAACGACUUUCUACAACAUCAAAAGAUCCCAGAUUAGCAAUCAAGUGUAUUAUUUUUACAAUUUGAAAUAACAAUUUUAUAGAAAUGCACUUAACAUCACUCAAAGUUACCUGCCUGAAGACUUCCAUGUCUACUAACCUCCUCUUCAAGCGUCUUAGCAGUGUAGAAGUCUCUGCAUGACUCCUAAUCCUCACUCCUAAAAGUAUUAAAGAUCAUUGCCAAAAUCUCAGUUUUUGUACUAAAUAUGCUCCCUUAAUUUAUCCGCUUUGUUAUGCUUGUAGUUUUUGACUGAUGACAAUUUACACUGUGAUAUAAAUAUUAUAAAAUGACAUAAUAUUGCUGUUAAAUGUUGUACGGAUUCCAUAUAUUAUGAUUUAUAAGCACUUUAAAUCUGUCAUGGUACAACUAGAUUACCUUUAUAUUUAAUCAUUCUAAAUGGUGUCCUAUCAUGCGAAAAUGUCAACCCUAAUGUUAUGUUAAAAAUAUCUAUGUAGAAGUAUAUUAUUCAGCCUCACAUAUAUUCAGGAUUAAAUAUCUUUGUCAUUCGAUCUAUAUAGUGGGUUUGUGUGGGACCACUUGCAGAUUUGUACAUCCUGAUGUAAUAAAGACCUUUGAAAACGUG